CCUCGGGUAUGUAAUCGGACAUCUUAGAUAUGGUCUAGGUAUUUUUUACAGUUUGUCGAACGUAAAAGCACGUAUUGUAUGUAGUUCUACAAAUUCGAAGGUAGAUUUUCGGUAUACAAACAAGAUGAAAAAGUGGUUGCGCAUCAAUAUUAGCGCAUAUUAGGUAAAAUUGCAAGUGGAGUUGGAACGUGGUUGUAUCAAUUUCAUUGUAAUGGAAGCCAUGUAGGCUUCGGCUGGCAAGUGAUGGCCUCAGUCCCUCUUAGGUAAAGGAAUUAGGAAGCAGUUUUUAUGAAGAUGUCUCAAAACAGAGGUUAUCGUCGUGAUGGUAGGCAGUCCUAUCAAAUGAAUUCAUCUGCCCACUAUGGUGGUCGUUCUGGGCAGCAGAUGAAUGUGAAUCCAUGGGAAGGAGGGUUGGUUCCAGGAGGAAGGGCUGGAAUAACAGGCUUGCUGCCAACACCUCCGCAGACAUCAAAUCUUUUGUCACAGUUGUCAUCACCUGAAGCACAGCUUGCUCUUGCCAGUAACCUGCUGUCAACACUGUUGAGACCUCAACAGCAGCCUCCCCAGGUGCCAUCUCUGUUGAGUUUGGGUGCAGUUGAUCAUAUGGGAAAUUCAGUAGGCUCUGGAUAUCGACAGCAUUCUGGCUAUGGUCCAGGAAGGUAUCAAGAUCCUGGUCCGAACAGGCGUAAACGUACAGAAUCUAGGAGACAAGAACCGUACAAUAAGCCCACGCAGGGUCGUCGCCCUGCCUCUGCCAGGGGGGGUCCUGAGAGGAAGCCUGGUGGUAGCCAGGGGUUGCGAAGUCCUAGCGUAGGGAAAAGUCGCAGUGGCUCAGGCACCAAACCUGGGGGUAAAGCUGACAGAAAGGAUGAUGACAAUGAACCUAAGAAAGACAAAGACCAGGAGGAUGAUAUAAGUAGUGGAGCUGAAAAGAAAACUGAUGAAGAGGAUGUUAAGAGAGAUGAGAGUGACGAUGGUGAGAAGAAAAGGGAUUGGAAAGAUGAGAAAAAAUCUGAAGAAAUGUUGGAUGAUAAUCAAGAUGAAAAAGAUGAUGAAAAAGGAAAUAGUGGAAAAGAGAAGGAUGUUGCAGAGAAAGUGCCAACAUCACGUUACAGUGGCAUACCGCCUGCACUCUUUUACUGUCAUGUUUGCAAGAAACACAUGUGGGAUGACAUUUCAUUCCAGAAUCACUUGAAGGGAAGAACACACCAAUUGAUGAUGGAUAAACUUGAAGAGAGUUACAAGAUAAGGGUGGAGCUUAUGAGGCAUGAACAGAAGGUUGCAGAACAGCAGAGAGAAAUUGAGAUGGAGAGAAUGAAACGUCAAGGAAAGAAGGUGAACAUGAGCAUUCGGGAGUACUGCACCAUGUGUGACUUGCAUUUCUUUGGCAACCUUAUUGUGCAUCGCAAAAAUGAUCGUCAUCAGCAACUGAAAAAUUUUCUUCAUCCCCGAUGCCUGCCCUGUGGAAAGGAGUUUCCUACUCGUGUUGAAUGGGAUCAUCAUAAACUCACACCUCUGCAUCUGAGGAAAACUGCAGAAGUCCGCAAGAGCCGGAAAUCUGGUUCAGAUGACGACUUUGGAAUUGAGGAACUUAUUUCUGGAGAGGGAGGUGGCUUUGGAGAUGAUUUUUCCAAGAGAGAGAUUAAAGUGAGGACACAAGAAGAGGAGGAAGAUGAAAUAAAAGAAGCUGAUAAAAGGAAUGAAACUGACAAAGGAUCAGACAAGAAUGAUGGUCCAGAGAAAGGUGAAGGGGCAGAGAAAGAUGCUGAAGGGAAGGAUGAAGGAGAAUCAACAAUAAUAGGCAAACUGCGUUUCAGGGUACCCAAGUACAAUCCUGAUGUAGCAGUUGGACUAAGCCUUUUGAAGAAGAUGACUGGUCAGAUAUGCCGCACCUGUCAUAGAUUCUUCAUUAAUGUGGAGGACGCCAAAACUCAUUGUCGCACUUUGACACACUACAACAAUUUUGUAGCAUUGGUGAAAGAGAAGGCAAAGAUUGCUGAAGCUAAGGAGAAAAGAGAAGCUAAGGCCGAGGCUAAGAAGAAGGAAGGAAGUCUGGAAAAGACAGAGAAGGCAGCCAAACGUACAGAAGAUACGACCACAGUAGAUGACGAAGGAAACUGGAAGCGUCGUAAAGUGGCAAAUGCUGAAGAUGAUGAUGAUGAUGCAGAUGUACCCACAGUGACUGAUGAUAGAGUAAGUGAGGCAGCAGCCACAAAUCUAAUAAUAAAGGAAGAACCUUCAGAGAAGAUUCCAACAAAUGGGAGUCAGAAGUAUGACCCACUGGAGGCAGAUGCAGAGGAGUCUAAUCCUGGGGAUGAGAGCAAAGAUACAGAGCCUGAGACACCAGUGAAGGAGGAAGAGGAGGAGAAGGUGAAGAUAAAGAAAGAUGAUACUGCUGAUGGAGAGGAUAAUUUAUGGGCAGAGGUGGAUCGUGACAUUGGAAGUCUCCUAGAGGCUGUUGAUGGCGAAGGUGAAACCGAGAGUCUGAAUGAAAUGAUGGAGGAAGAUUUACUGGCUGUAAAGCAGGAACCAGACUCUCCUGCGAAGGGCAGUCGCAACAGCACUCGAAAUAAGGGAACCAGAGGAUCCCUGGCUACCAGGGCCCGUGGAAGGAAGAAGAAGUAAUUGAGAUCUAUUUACUGAAGAGUAGUAACAAAAACAUGUUUUGUCCCCUUGUAGUAGAAACUAAGUCAGAAUAAGGUAUUGAUGUUCUUUCUUGCUUUUUCUUCAUUAGUGCAUGUUAGCUACAGUAAAAUAUAAUUUCACUUUAUCAGAAGCCCAAAAGAUUCAGGUUCUUAUAUGUUUCCAUGAACUUUGCUUGUAACAUAUAAAGUCCAGUUGGUGAGAAGAAUAAAAAGAAAAUGAUACCAGUAUUUUCAUGCUGUUUACAAAGUUAAUGCCAUGGUAUAAUGAAUAUCAGUUGCUGUCUUAUAGUACAGAUUGAAGGAUUUUAGGUAUGAAAAUUGAGAGGGAUGUGUGAAUUUUGAACUGUUGCAUCAUUUUACUGUUUUAAUUUCAGCAUAUAAAAUAAGCCUCUAAAGCAGGGUUUGGAAACCUUUUAGCCUGUGGAGCUAUUUGCCAAGAUCACACCAGUGCAUGCCAAGGAAAAUUUUCACUAAUAUUAAAAAUAUCCAGACCUUUAUUGCCACAAGAUGUACACACCUCAGGUAGUCUAACCUUACCACAACACAGUGGAUGUGGGAGUAGGUCGCAAAAAGAAAUGAGAGCAUCUGAAGUAAUCAUUCUCCAUGCCCACACUAAGUACAUAAAGAAAUUUCCGCUACCAUACUCUUUCUUCUCCCCCCUGCCCCCCUUUUUGGUUCAUGUUGAUGCAGAACAUUAGAAAAAUGAAUAACAACCUUUUCAUUUAGUUUGUAUCAAAUAAUUAAGGCCAGAAACCAAAGUUUUGUAAGUUGAAAGUUAAACCUGUUUAUUUAAAACAGUCUCAUUGUUAUACCUUAUAUUUAAAACAUGUUACUAGUGUAGAGAUUUGGCAUUGCAUGUCUUGUUAUAAUUUGGGAUGAAUUUUGAUGUGGCUGUUUAUAAACAGUUUGCCAGAUAUUAAUCCAGUAACCAUGAUCUGUACUUACAAACGCUUCAUAGCUGAGAAAAAUGAUUCAGCCUUUUGUGUAUACACAGUGUUUUCAGAGGCAGUGCCAUAGUAGCAAGUAGAAUUUGUGAUUGCAGUUUGAUCUUAGAAUAUCAUUCUUCAAGUUUCUGGCUUCCACCACUGCAGUGUCUUUAAUGUGGUACCAUUCAGAUUAAGAACACAAAUCUUACUGAUAUCUUUGGCAUUAAACAAAUUUGCUUAAAAGUCCUUUGCCAGGAACUCAAUAAAUCUACCUCCCAUUUCUUGCUGUAGCUUUUCGAGUUGGCGCAUGUAAGGCAACAUAUUUCCCUGAUAUGCAGAUCCAACAACUGAUUUCUAAUUUGGGAAAAGCAAAAGUGACUUUCUUGCAAGGUGACACUUGAAUUCUAAUUUUCUAAUUUGUACUUGUAUGCAUUUAUUGAGCUGAUGAUUUUUGCAAUCUGAAUUUUCCCCUGCAUUUGUAAAUUCAUCCCAUUCAUCAUUGGGCUUACUUCAGUCAGGAAUCCAAGGUCUAUAAGCCAGGGAAUGUCAUCCAACUCUGCAUAGUAUUCAUUUCUUAAAUGCAGGAUCACUCUUUCUUCCAGAUAUUUAGGAACCUAAAGAACAUUUUUUCCCAACUAAGUAACCUUUCUUGAGAAUAGAGCAGCAUGUUGUUGUGCUUAGUCUCUUCAUCAUGCAAAUGUCUUGUGAAUAUGCAGCUAUAAUUUGGUUGAUUAUCUGGGUGCUAGUUUUCGUAACAUGCUCUAAAUAAAGAUCUUUAGUGUGUAACACUUUGGAUGUGUCAUACGAUGAUAGAAAACAAAAUUAAGAAUCAUCAUCUUUGUGGUACCAAAGUAAUGAGUGCAUUCCAGUAUCCAGUCAUUUCAUAUGUUCCAUGUGUUGAUGUUCACUUUUUGAGAGGUGCUACGUUCCUCUGCAUACUCUUAUAAAUGUGUUGUAAAUAUCUUACCCCAUGCUCAGCCUUUCUACAGAAGUCUUGACUUUGCAUUUUAGAAAAAAGCUGCUGAACUUCAGUCUUUGUAACUAAACAUUUGGGCAGUAUUUGAUAUGUAUCUAGGUUCAUCUGGCUGUAAGGAGAGAAAUGUACAUUUUGUAAACCAGUUUUUUAUUGAGACUACAUACUGUUUGAAAUAUUUUUUAAUCCAUAAUUGUUUUAGCAGGACAGUUACAGUUUCUUUAUAGAUUAAAUUAUUUCAUUUAUGUUACUGCAGUUUCAAAUACAGUCAGCAUGGUAGCUUUCACAGUGUCUCUGUCUUAAGGUGGCUUUCUGUUCCUUUGCUAACAAUUUCAAAAUUUUAAAGGAUGCAGUUGUUACAUUUUUGGUGUGGUGUGGGAAAAGCAGAUGGCUAUUUUGCUGAACUGGACUUCAGGUCAGAUGUUUCUUUUCCUAAUUCCUGAGCCAGUGGAAAGUGUCUUUCUGAAAUUUCCAUGAACUGUACUAAGGUGUCUCGAUGUUACUGGUUUUAGGUACUGCUAUGCUUGCUUUACAGAGCCGACAGACAUGCUUAUUCUGAGGUCUGUAAAACAACAGUUGUUCCCAGUCAGUAUAUAUGUAAUGCAUUCUUUACCUUUUGUUAACCCACACUGGCAGCAUGCAGCCAAGAGAAAAUACCGAUUCAUGAAGGAAAUAAAGGUUAUUGCAAUACUGAGCUCCAAUGCAUCGAACUAUGUGCACAUCACUCAAGUGGGUUCGUUUUCCUCCAAUGCACAGGAGUGGCAUGAAUACAGGAAGUGCUGGUUCCCAUCCAAAGUCAAGAAGUGGGGGAAUUGAUUGUUUAAAACACCAUAGAAGAGUGUCACAAUAUUAUUUCAGUUCUCUGCAACUUAACAUACAUUCCUAAAACUAAAUUUUUGGAAGACAUGAAAAAUGAGCAAAUUUGUAUAAAAUUUUUAAAUCUGAUGGGUGACUUUUCAAUACAUAACAAGGGUGAUGCAUUGCUUACCUCUGCUCUAGAGGUAGUGCAUAUAUUUUGAGCUUUUAGUAAUUUCAGUACUGCAGAAAUUUCCUCACUGGAAUGAUAUGUUCAAAAACUAUAUCUACAUGCCCUGUGUUGGUAAUUCAGUUGAUCCCCCAAAUGCAAACACUCAGCAACGUUGUCAGGUUACUCAUGUUUCUGACUUCUGGCUGGUUUUGAAUGAUUUUCAUUCAUUUAUCAAAAUAAUAGCAGCUCUUAACAUACCAGUUAUACAUAGCACAGUUUGUUACAUAGCCAAAGAGGUAUGCUUGUUUUGUAUGAUAGCUUUCAGUUUCUGCAAAGCUGGAAUUUGUGGAAUACAUUUAAGAUUUUAAUUGCUGGGGAAAAUGCUUACAUACAAGCAUGUGUGUAAGCAAACUUGAGGAAGAGAAUGUUCAUAUCAGUUACUUUGACAGUAAACAUUCAUAACAACUGUAAUAUGAACGAUUUAGUUAGUUAUAGAUAAUUGAAUUUUAGUUUGACACAGAAUUGUAAAUCUGGAAAGUGUGUGCAUUUUGCAAUGCCCUGAUAUUUAACAUCUAUGUCGGUGGAUCACUCUUAACAUAUGUUUCCGAAUCUGAUUGAUUGAAUUUGUACUUGACCACACAAGGUUGCCAUUCGGUUCAAAAUCUGUCACCUACUGUCCAAGAACAUACAAUAAUUCAAGACAUAGCGAAUUUGUAAUUUAGUGUAGUAAGUCUUCAGGAUAAAGUAAAAUCAUUAGUUUGCAUUGUUUAUAUAGGUAGCUUUGUAUUCAGCUUUUGCCAGCUUAACGAAGACCAGUCACGUGAAAAUGUUUCUAAAUCCCCAAAUUAAAAUUCCAAUAAGUUGUAGAAAAAGGAACAGACCAUAAAUGUGUUAAAAGUCACAGAAUGUCCCAUAGCAUGAACUUUGUUAAGAGUAUAGUUAAAAAUUGUGAAAAAUGAACCUCCAACCUAGAAGUGUUCACUGUUGUCAUGGAGUAUUGUGCAAGUGUAAAAUGUUGAAAGUUUCAAUGUUAUUUCUACUAGUAAUUGAAAGUUCAGUGUGACUAAAUGUAAUACUGUUGGCACCCACGAUAACUUAAUUUGUUCUUAGAGCGCUGUUAGAUAGAUGUACUUGAUUCAGUGUUAUUGUAAAUUUCAAAGUGGAGCUGCAUGUUGCUAAUCACGCAUAUUUCCUGUAAUAUGCUUAACACUUCAUUCUGCCCUCAUCAUUUUCACCAGCCCCCAUGUUUUCUUGCCACAUUGCCAGAUUACAGAAAAUUUGAUUGCUCAGUACAGAAUGCACAGUAAAAUGCUGACAACAGAAAAUGGCUUGAAUUUUUUUAAGUAAUUGAAAUAAACAUGGAUCAUGCACUAAUUUUCAGAAGUAAUUUUUAAAUAUUAAACAUUCUUUAACAAGUGUGACUGUCAAAAGACCACUUCUGUGGUUGACAUUCUGUUAUUCAUUUUUGUUGCAUUGAAAUAACCACAUUAUUGUUUUUGGAACUUAAGUUGAAACCAUAUGCUGUAUAAUGAUGAAGAUUCAUUUUGUAUUCAGAAUAAACUUAUACAUUUACAAUCCAUA